UCAACCGGUUGUAACUCGAAGUAUUCAAUAAUCAGGGAAGCUGUUUGCACUCAAGAGCUCACAGCAAAACGAGAAGAAACUACGGUGUGCUGUUUUACAGAACAGGGGGCGUCUUUGUCAGCGGGUCCAGUGUCAGAGCUUGACUGACGAGCAGCGAUGAGCUUCUUUGGUUUUGGUCAAAGUGCGGACAUUGAUAUAGUUCUGAAUGACGCCGAAACAAGAAAGAAAGCUGAGCAUAAAAGCGAAGACGGCAGGAAGGACAAAUAUUUUCUCUUCUACGACGGAGAAACGGUGUCGGGGAAAGUCAACGUUACGCUCAAGUACCCGGGAAAGAGGCUGGAGCACAACGGCAUCAAGAUUGAGUUUAUCGGCCAGAUAGAGCUGUACUAUGACAGAGGAAACCACCAUGAGUUUGUGUCUCUUGUGAAAGACUUGGCUCGGCCGGGGGAGCUCACGCAGUCACAGACGUUUGACUUUGAGUUCACACAUGUCGAGAAACCCUACGAGUCUUACACCGGUCAGAACGUCAAAUUACGCUACUUUCUGAGGGCGACAGUAAGCCGGAGACUGAAUGACAUCAGCAAAGAGCUGGACAUUGUGGUUCACACGCUCAGCACAUACCCUGAGCUCAACUCCUCCAUCAAGAUGGAAGUGGGGAUUGAGGACUGUCUACACAUAGAGUUUGAGUACAAUAAGUCCAAGUAUCACCUAAAAGAUGUGAUUGUAGGGAAGAUUUACUUUCUGCUGGUGAGGAUUAAGAUCAAACAUAUGGAGAUUGACAUCAUCAAGCGGGAGACAACUGGCACAGGGCCAAAUGUCUACCACGAGAACGACACCAUAGCAAAGUACGAAAUCAUGGAUGGUGCACCAGUCAGAGGAGAGUCCAUCCCCAUCAGGCUGUUUCUAGCAGGCUAUGAGAUGACGCCCACCAUGAGGGACAUUAACAAGAAGUUCUCGGUGCGGUACUACCUCAACCUGGUCCUCAUAGAUGAGGAGGAAAGGCGCUACUUCAAACAGCAGGAGAUCACCCUGUGGAGGAAGGGUGACAUAGUGAGGAAGAGUAUGUCUCACCAAGCAGCCAUCGCCUCCCAGCGCUUCGAAGGCUCCUCCAAUCCAGAGAAGUCCCAGACCCAGAGCAAUGAUGAAGACAACAGCUAAAGCCCAGCUCAUACGUCACCCUUGUGUAGUGAGUGUCUGAGUGAACACGGUGCAGAAAUUGUCAGCAAAUUUUGAAUGUGAAUAUCAUUUGUUUGCAUUGAGAUAGAAUGCGCUGCAGUGUUUUUCAGGAUGUGUGUGUGAGUGAGUGAGAGAGGCUUUUAAAUAUGUGUGUGUGUGUGUGUGUGUGUGUGUGUGUGUGUGUGUGUGUGUUUCAAGGGAACAAACAGUCAGACCAGACUCAGACUGUAGUUGCAAAUAAUUGUGUGAGUGUUUGUUUUAACCACCUUGAAGUACCAGCUGGGUGGAGUUUAUCACAUUAAGACUGAUUAGACAGUGUCAGCUAAUUUCUCUGCUGCAAAGAAACUGCACGAACUAGGCUUUUAAAUGCUUUACUUCAUUUUCUUGGCAUUUACUAUACAGUUCAGUGGGGCAAACUUCACCCAAUAGAUGCACUUAAAUAUCAUUUGCAAUUACUGUUCAGCCAAUAUCUUGACUUCACGUGUGUGUAUGAAUGUACAGUGUGUGGCAAAGAGCCACCUCGGGUGUAUUUCUAACUUUCCUUCAAACGACUUACUUGGCUGGAAGAUUGCGCUGUGCAGAAACUGUAGUCAUACAGUAGGUUUCUAACAAGUGGGUAAACAAUAGAUCUUACAGUACAAUUCUGAAUGUCUCCUCGUAGGAAUGUGAAAUUGUGACGGUAAGUCAUUUAAGAUUAUUUUGCUGCAGUGCCCUCAGCUGAGAAGCAGCACCACUUUUUUUUUUUUUUUUUUUUUGCUUCUUCAUUUAAAAAAAGAGCAUUGACUCUUAGAUAAUAAACACAAGACUUUAACAUGCUCUAAUUGAAAGGAAAUACAUUUACAUAUUUGUAUAAGAUAAUGCUUAAAAUAUUUUCAUACAUUCCAAGACUCUCAUCAGAAAUAGGCAUGACUAGUAUAUUUAUUUUUUACAAAAAUUCAAUUUUUAACCAACAUUUGACAUGUUUGAUGCAUCAGCUGGUUGUAGCUAGGUGUCAGGCGUUGCCACUGCUGCUAAAACAAACGUGGCACUUGUGAGCGCUGUGGGAUUUUUCUUCCAUCAUUUUUACAGUCUCUGAUAGUUUGAAGCCCUGCUUAAUUAUUUGCACUAUGAUCUCAUUCUGCUUCUUUCUGCUCUCCGGUGUUUAUGAACUUACUGGACGCAUGGCAGGGAUCAGAAGUAGAGUGGAAAUCAGACUCCACUAUCCCCGGGUAUCACUUCAUAUCUAAUAUAGACAGUAUUACACCUGUGUUUAGUGACAAAGUCGACAUAGAUGCUUGUGAGUCCUGCCUUAAUAGGCUGCUGGGGCAAACUGCCCUGUUUGGUAAGUUAGCUUUGUGCCCAAGGGUUUAUUGCCAAAAUGUUUGAGUGCAGUACUAGAGAACACUUGGAACAGUGUACUGCUGCGCCGUUUCUUCCCAUUUAGACUGUGCUCGUCCGUUUAUCCACUAUAGUCACUUUUCAUGAAGUUAAAAAAAAUGGGUUUAGUGUAAGGGUGGUUUCAAAAAAUGUUAUUGUGAAAAAAAGGAAUGUAUAAGAAAGGCUACUUAGUCAUAUUGAGCACUUAAUUCAAAUUCAGUCCCAGACUGUAUAUUUUCUAAAUAAGGAGGCAAUCAGGUUUUUUGUUGCUUCUGGUCAGGCAGAGUAGAUAAUUGAGUUCCUGUGCCAUUACUACUUUUUAUUUUGUUUCAUUUUCUAAAAUAUAUUUUCAUCCAUCCUGAAAAAGAGCAAUUCCCUUGGCAUGUUAUUGAUGGUGGUGGAAAUCACGGCCUUGUAAGCUGUUCCACAGUCUCUUCUGAAGCUCAAUUCUUAUUCCUUCUUUUUACCUGCUUUCUUUUCAAUUUACAUUUGUGUUUCCUGUUUUUAAUUCUUUCUAAAUGUAAAGCACUUUGAGCUGCGCAUUUUGUAUGAAAGGUGCUAUAUAAAUAAAGUUUAUUAUUAUUAUUAUUAUCAUCUUUAUUAAUUUGCAUUAAGGGAUUGUACCAAAAUUAUUUGGGUGGGAAGGAGGGGACGAACCUUGUGUGACUUUAAAAAAAAAAAAAAAGACCUCCCCCCAGGGUUAUUAAUAUUUGUUGGACCCCUCCCUUCCCCUUGCAAAAAAUGACAACAUUCUCCCCUCCUAAUUUCUCAACUCAACCCUGAUUUCAAGCCUACUAUGUUAAUGAACCAAUAAUAGCCCAAAUCGUUCAUUAGGAGUAGAAUUGGUAAUUGCCAAAUUCAUGGUAAACAUAACAAAUAGUGCGUUCUGUUUACCGAGCAUUCCAGCUGCUCUCUAUUAUUGAACCAAGAGCUACAAAAUGAGCAGUUAUUACCGCUGUCACUGAAUUCACGAACAAGAGGCGGCUGUGGCUGCAGAAGGACCUCAGCAUUGUAAUAUUUUUGCUUCACGGAUUGGUAGAACAGGUUGGGUUGUGCUGAACAUGCAUGAUAUUAUAGGUUAAUUUUAUAUGAAUACUGUACAUUUAACAUUUCUGUAAUUCUUUUUAAGUGCAGAAUAAAGUGAAGGUUAGUCGGCUAGUGAAAAAAUGGUGUGCUCUUUGCAGAACAUUAAGCAAAUUUUAGAGGUGGUGCAAUACAGAGUCUAUGGAAAGAUGCAGUUAGACGCAGAUUCACCCGACGAGGCACAAAUUGACGCAAAGGUGCGGCCACGCUAGUUGAAAAUGUUUCAACUAAAAUAUAAAUCUGGGGCAUGGAAAUAUUAAAGAUCCUUUCCUGCUCUUUUAAAUUUUAAACCACCCUCCCUUCAGCAAAAAGGGAAAAAAAACCAUAACCUUCCCCCUUCUCUGAGCUCACCUCACCCCUAAUCAUUUUCUUACAGUCCCUAAAUUGUAUAGAAUGAGUUCAGCAUUAUUUCCCUGCCUAACUCGACAUCCUUUAUUUUGGCAGUUACCUCCACUGAUACAAUAACACUUCACUGAAAACUGUUGAAGAAAAAAAAGUACCAAUCAAGAAACCCAAAGCAACUUUGGAGUAUGUUCAGUACAUGUUUGUUGUUUUGUUUUUUGUUGUUUUGUUAUGUGACUGGGAUUUUCAUUUUUGCCAGUACUGGUACAGACACACAGUAUCCAAACUAACCCAGUUUGUAAUAGAGCGUAAACUGAGAUUAUAAUAGAAAAGAAUGAUGAAAUGUACAGUGUAAAUGCACAAUGUAAAUGCAACCCUCCUCCCUCCUUUUGUUUAUGUUCAUGUCAUAUUUCAUCUUCCUGUCUAUAAAUGUUGAUUUUAAUCAUUUUAUAUUCUUGUUUUACUUUGAAUUAAAAGGGAGUACCUGAAAAACA